UUUUUUCCAACCCCCUUGAAGCCGUCUGCCAAGGAAUCACAUGGUAUACGUCACUUGUUUUACCCUAAUGGGCCAUCCUGCCAUGCAAGACCACAAAAGGAUACUUCAGGAGCAAGAGAAGAACAUCCACAGCUCAUAAUCUUCGUCACGUGCUUACAACCGACUCCACCAGCGGCCUUUGGCAACAAAAGCAAGGAAAAAAGUGAGGCUUACUUCCUUGAUCUCAACCAGACGACCACCUCCUUUUCUUCUCAGCUCAGCUGACAUUGUAAAUACUAGUUUGGAGCUUUAUCGUUCAACUAUGCAGUAGGAAUUAAGCGUUUCAAGACAACUAUGACUCUUCUAACCGAGGACCAGCCUUGCAGGUUCUCCGCACCGGACAGCCCACUCGCAUCCAUGGAGCACUACCCGGUGGACUCAGGGCCAAAAGAGGACUAUUUGGACUGCAUGGAACCAGCUGUGUUUGGAGCGGUGGAACCUCCGAAGCACUCCAGAGGAAGGCUUAUCAUGCACGGCAUGGUCAUGUUUGGAAGGGAAUUCUGCUAUGCUGUUGAGGCAGCGUUUGUCACACCGGUGUUGCUGAGCGUUGGACUCCCCAAACACCUGUACAGCCUGGUGUGGCUCAUCAGCCCUGUUUUAGGUUUUAUCCUACAGCCUGUCAUCGGCUCGUCAAGCGACUACUGUAGGUCCCCAUGGGGCCGAAGGCGACCGUACAUACUCUUGCUCGGGAUUAUGAUGUUAGUUGGCCUGACUUUAUUUUUAAAUGGAGAUGCGGUCACAGCAGAGCACAUCCCACCGAAACUUUUAAUUGCAUUUGAUUUUCCGAGUGUGCUUUUUCAAAGCAAUCUGCUGUGCUUCCUUGCAGGUCUAGGUGGAGCCUGUGGAUACCUGAUUGGAGCCAUGGACUGGGGUCACUCUGCACUUGGUGUCAUACUGGGUUCAGAAUACCAAGUUAUCUAUUUUUUCUCGUCAUUGACCUGGGGCAUUUUUCUCACCAUGCACCUUUUCAGCAUCUCAGAGAAACCACUGAUGAAAGAUCACAGUUCAGACUCUUGUCCAGCCGCCUCACUGCUCCUGGAAGACCCACAUCAUAACGGCUACGGCACGGUACACAAAGAAUCACCACCUCUGCCUGAAAUGAGGCAGCGCUCGUUUUCUGCCCUGAGUGAAGCCAAUGCAGUCACGCCCAGUGCCAAGCAGCCUAACAGCGAGGUUGGUCAUUUGUGUUACCUUGAAUCCCUUUCAUGUGGCUUUUAUUCUUGGCUUCAGCCUGCACCCAAUUUCCCCUCACAUUUUAAUGACCUGUUUCAGACCUUGGAGCAUCAGCCUUUUAGCAUAAUGGAAGCAGAGACACCUGUGGAGAGGUUCUCUGGCUCUGUACUUAUGAUUGUAUAUAAGGGGAACCCCUAUGCUGAACACAAUUCCACCUCAUAUGCGACAUAUGAGAGAGGGGUUGAAGUGGGCUGCUGGGGCCUGUGCAUCAACGCCGUCUCCUCUGCGCUCUAUUCAUAUGUGCAGAGGCUUCUCCUGCCAUAUAUUGGCCUGAAGGGACUGUACUUCCUUGGCUACUUUAUGUUUGGUUUGGGAACCGGUCUGAUCAGCCUGUUUCCAAACAUCGUGGCCACGCUGACGUUGUGCAGUGUGUUUGGAGUCAUGUCCAGCACUCUCUACACCAUCCCAUUCAACCUCAUCUCGGAGUACCACAAGGCUGAAGAGGAGCAAAGGAAAUUGGGUAGUGAUGAACCAGCUCUUGAGAGCCGUGGCACUGGCAUGGACUGCGCAGCUCUUACCUGCAUGGUGCAGCUGGCUCAGGUCAUAGUAGGAGCUGGUCUUGGAGCCCUGGUCAAUCUAGCAGGCAGUGUGAUUGUCGUGGUUCUCUCUGCAUCAACAGUAUCCCUAAUUGGCUGCCUCUUUAUUGCUCUCUUUAUGUGAUGUACAGAU